AUGAAGCAUAUUUUCAAGAAGCUACACAGAGGUGGGAAUCAAGAGCAGAAUCGGACCAACGAUGCUGUUCCGUCAUCGGAUCAGAAUCGGGUUUCCGUUGCUGCGAAUCCUCAAGCAACUCCUUCUUCGGUCUCGGAGACGAUUCCGGUGAGCGGAGCCACUUCUUCGUCGGUGACUUCUCCUGCCCCAACUUCUGCUGCGAACCGGUCGGAUUACAUAUCUUCCGAGGAGGAAUAUCAAGUACAGUUAGCCCUAGCGAUCAGUGCGUCGAAUUCGCAGUCUAGUGAGGAUCCGGAGAAGCAUCAGAUCCGAGCGGCGACGUUGCUGAGUUUAGGAAGCAAUCAUCGGAUGGAGUCAAGGAGGGAUUCAUCGGAAGUGGUGGCUGAGAGGUUAUCGAGACAGUACUGGGAAUAUGGCGUGCUUGACUAUGAGGAGAAAAUUGUCGAUAGCUUCUAUGACGUGUACAGUCUAUCGACUGACUCGGCGAAGCAGAAAGAAAUGCCAUCGCUGGAGGAUCUUGAAAGCAACCAUGGAACCCCUGGCUUUGAAGCUGUAGUUGUAAAUCGACCCAUUGAUCCUUCCCUCGAUGAGUUGCUACAGAUUGCACAAUGCAUUGCACUGGAUUGUCCUACUACCAGUGUUAAUGUGUUGGUACAGAGGCUGGCUGAACUUGUCACUGGGCAUAUGGGUGGAUCUGCGGAAGAUUCCAGUAUAGUAUUGGCAAGGUGGACUGAAAAAAGCAGUGAGUUCAAGGCAGCACUAAAUACUUGUGUAUUCCCUCUUGGAUUUGUAAAUGUUGGUCUUUCCAGGCAUCGUGCUCUGCUUUUCAAGGUUUUGGCAGAUAGUGUGAGGUUACCUUGUAGGUUGGUAAAAGGUAGCCACUACACGGGAAACGAGGAUGAUGCUGUGAACACAAUAAGACUGGAAGAUGAAAGAGAGUACUUGGUAGAUCUUAUGACAGACCCUGGGACGCUUAUACCUGCUGAUAUUGCAAUUGAGCCAUUCAACUCACAUGGAAACAAAUUUCCCACAGCUCAGUUGUCGAAAGACUUCAGACACUCAGCGCCACAGCUGUCAGAAGGUGAAGGCAGUAGUCAGAGUCCUAUGGCUGACAAUACUUCUUCUUUGGAUAGAAGGUCAGAGGCNGAAAAGGCAGAUUCCUCAAGCAUAACUAAUUCCAGUCAGUUGGAAAAUAUUUCCUUGGCAGCAAUUGCAAAGGGGAAUCGAGGAGCCAUGAAUGAUAGUCCAAGAACGAACAUGAAUAUAGUUCCCUACAAUCAGAACAGUGACGAAGACCCAAAAAACCUUUUCGCAGAUCUUAACCCAUUUCAAAAUAAGGGAACUGACAAGCUGUAUAUGCCCACUAAAUCAGGUUUGAAUAAUGUUGAUGAUUUUCAUCAACAAAAAAAUAAUCCUCUGGUUGGUAGAUCACCUGCACCAAUGAUGUGGAAGAACUACAGUUGCAAUGAAGCCCCGAAGAGAAAAGAGAAUAAUUAUAUGGAAAAUCUUCUCCCGAAACUCCACCGAGAACCUCGUUAUGGAAUUAAUAAUUCGUCAUAUGCUACCUCAAGCUCCAAUGGAGCUGUUUUGUCAAAUGUGCCUGGCAGAGACAAUGUGACUUUUGUGUCACCGGCUGCUGCGUCAUCAUCCUUCACUUCCACUGGAGAUCAGUUCACACCAAGUCUGGUGGAGGAUAUGAACAGAAACACUAACAAUGAACUAGAUAUCCAGUCUAAUGCUGUGGUACAUGGACACCAAAAAGAUGAAUCUCACGUUCAUGAUCGUAGAAAGUACACAAGUGAUGACAUAUCUACUGGGUCUGAUCCGAGGCUCAAGGAUCAAGAAAGUACAAGUUCAUCUCUUGAUUCUACAUCCUACCGGAAUGAUCCUCAAAUUCUUGAUGAUGCAGAUGUUGGUGAUUGUGAGAUCCCUUGGAAGGAUCUUGUGAUUGGGGAGAGAAUAGGAUUAGGGUCCUAUGGGGAGGUCUAUCAUGCUGACUGGAAUUGCACGGAAGUUGCUGUCAAGAAAUUCUUGGACCAAGACUUCUCAGGAGCUGCUUUGGCCGAGUUCAGAAGAGAAGUACGCAUUAUGCGAAGAUUGCGUCAUCCAAAUGUUGUUUUCUUCCUUGGGGCUGUUACUCGUCCUCCGAACCUUUCCAUUGUCACAGAGUUUCUGCCAAGAGGAAGCUUGUAUCGCAUCCUCCAUCGGCCCAAAUCUCAGAUUGAUGAGCGGCGUCGGAUUAAAAUGGCCCUUGAUGUGGCAAUGGGGAUGAAUUGCUUACACACCAGCACACCGACAAUUGUUCAUCGUGAUUUAAAAACACCAAAUCUUCUGGUUGAUAACAAUUGGAAUGUCAAGGUCGGUGAUUUUGGGUUGUCUCGUUUAAAGCACAAUACUUUUUUAUCAUCAAAAUCAACUGCUGGAACGCCCGAAUGGAUGGCUCCAGAAGUUUUACGCAAUGAGCCCUCAAAUGAAAAGUGUGAUGUUUACAGUUUUGGGGUAAUUCUUUGGGAACUUGCGACAUUGAGAUUGCCAUGGCGAGGAAUGAACCCGAUGCAAGUAGUUGGAGCAGUUGGUUUCCAGAAUCGGCGGCUUGAGAUCCCAAAGGAACUUGAUCCUGUGGUGGGAAGGAUCAUCUUGGAAUGUUGGCAAACGGAUCCGAAUCUGCGCCCGUCCUUUGCUCAGUUGACGGAAGUGCUGAAGCCUUUGAACCGGCUCGGAACUCCAGUAAAUAUCAUUGUUGGUUCUCAUGUUUGGGUUGAAGACUCAGACGUGGCUUGGAUUGAUGGUGAGGUUGAAAAAAUCAAUGGAGAAGAAGUUGUGAUCCAAGCCAGAGUUGGGAAAAAGGUCACUGCAAAGUUGUCAAAGAUAUACCCAAAGGAUGUAGAAGCUCCUGCAGGUGGUGUUGAUGACAUGACAAAGCUGUCUUACUUGCAUGAACCUGGUGUUCUUCAGAACUUAAAGAUCAGAUAUGAACUCAAUGAGAUCUAUACAUACACCGGAAACAUCCUUAUCGCAAUUAAUCCCUUUCAACGAUUGCCUCACAUCUACGAUGCCCAUAUGAUGCAACAAUACAAAGGAGCACCAUUUGGAGAACUAAGUCCUCAUGUUUUUGCAGUUGCUGAUGUUGCAUACAGGGCCAUGAUUAAUGAAGGAAAAAGCAAUUCUAUUCUUGUAAGUGGAGAGAGUGGAGCAGGAAAAACUGAAACCACUAAGAUGCUUAUGAGAUACCUUGCGUAUUUGGGAGGUCGUGCAGUUACAGAAGGACGCACUGUUGAACAACAAGUUCUUGAAUCUAAUCCUGUCCUUGAAGCCUUCGGUAAUGCAAAAACUGUGAGGAAUAACAACUCAAGUCGAUUUGGUAAGUUUGUGGAAAUCCAAUUUGAUAAGCAAGGAAGAAUAUCUGGAGCUGCAAUAAGGACAUAUCUUCUAGAGAGGUCUCGCGUGUGUCAAAUCUCUGAUCCUGAGCGCAAUUACCACUGCUUCUAUCUUCUUUGUGCCGCACCGCAAGAGGAAACUGAAAAGUACAAGCUUGGUCAUCCAAAGACCUUUCAUUAUCUCAACCAGUCCAAGUGUUAUGAGCUUGUUGGUAUAAGUGAUGCUCAUGACUAUCUUGCAACAAGGAGAGCUAUGGAUAUUGUUGGAAUUAGCGAAAAGGAACAGGAAGCAAUAUUCAGGGUGGUUGCUGCAAUUCUUCAUAUUGGAAACAUUGAAUUUACUAAGGGAAAGGAAGUGGAUUCAUCAGUUCCCAAGGAUGAUAAGGCGAAAUUUCAUCUUAACACAGCAGCGGAACUUCUCAUGUGUGAUUUAAAGGCACUUGAAGAUGCGUUAUGUAAACGUGUUAUGGUCACACCGGAGGAAGUUAUUAAGAGAAGUCUCGAUCCACAGAGUGCUGUUACCAGCAGGGAUGGUCUCGCCAAGACGGUCUAUUCUCGAUUGUUCGAUUGGUUGGUAAACAAGAUUAAUAACUCCAUUGGACAAGAUGCCAAUUCUAAAUCUCUCAUUGGAGUUCUGGACAUUUACGGAUUUGAGAGCUUCAAAACUAACAGUUUCGAACAGUUCUGCAUUAAUUUCACUAAUGAGAAGUUGCAGCAACAUUUUAACCAGCACGUUUUCAAGAUGGAACAGGAAGAGUACACAAAAGAAGCAAUAGAUUGGAGUUACAUUGAAUUUGUGGACAAUCAAGAUGUUCUUGAUCUUAUAGAAAAGAAACCUGGUGGGAUUGUUGCUCUCCUAGAUGAAGCUUGUAUGUUCCCAAAAUCAACCCACGAAACAUUUGCAAACAAGCUAUAUCAGACUUUUAAGACACACAAGAGAUUCAUCAAACCAAAACUAUCUCGGACAGAUUUCGCGGUUGCCCAUUAUGCUGGAGAAGUUCUAUAUCAGUCUGAUCUGUUUCUGGACAAAAACAAGGAUUAUGUGAUCCCUGAACACCAAGAUUUGUUGGGAGCUUCCAAAUGUCCUUUUGUCGUGGGUCUUUUCCCUCCACUUCCUGAAGAAACAUCUAAAUCUUCGAAGUUUUCAUCCAUUGGCUCUCGUUUUAAGCUGCAACUCCAGCAACUGAUGGAAACAUUAAAUUCUACAGAGCCUCAUUACAUCAGAUGUGUGAAGCCUAACAAUCUUUUAAAGCCUGCCGUAUUUGAGAAUGUGAACAUCAUGCAGCAACUUCGAUGCGGUGGUGUUUUAGAGGCGAUCAGAAUUAGUUGUGCAGGGUAUCCAACUCGUAAACCAUUCUUUGAGUUCAUAAACCGGUUUGGACUUCUAUCACCUGAGUCUUUAGAAGGGAACUACGAUGAGAAAGUCGCAUGUAAAAAGAUCUUGGACAACAUGGGACUCAAAGGAUACCAGAUUGGUAAAACAAAGGUCUUCUUGAGGGCUGGUCAGAUGGCUGAACUCGAUGCUAGAAGAGCUGAAGUUCUUAGUAGUGCUGCCAAAAAGAUACAGAGACGAAUACGAACCCAUCAAGCUCAGAAACGGUUUAUUGUUCUGAGAAAGGCUACAAUAUCUCUUCAAGCUCUAUGUAGAGGGAGACUUUCCUGCAAACUCUUCGAAAAUUUGAGACGAGAAGCUGCUGCUGUGAAGAUUCAGAAGAAUGGUCGGAGAUAUUACUCUAGAAAAACUUACAAAAAGCUCCAUGUAGCUGCGCUUGCUGUACAGACUGGUCUAAGAGCAAUGUCUGCCCGUAAACAAUUCAGAUUCAGGAAGCAAACAAAGGCUGCAACAGUUGUUCAGGCUCAGUGGCGUUGUCACAGAGCAACCUCCUACUACAAAAAGCUUAAAAAUGGAGUGAUCAUAUCUCAGACACGAUGGAGAGGCAAACUUGCUAGGAGAGAACUUAGGAAACUCAAAAUGGCUUCAAGGGAAACAGGAGCACUUAAAGAGGCAAAGGAUAUGCUUGAAAAGAAAGUGGAGGAACUCACAUACCGUGUCCAGUUGGAGAAACGUCUGAGGGGUGAUUUAGAAGAAGCAAAGACUCAAGAGAUAGCGAAACUUCAGAGUUCCAUGGAGGAAAUGCGGAAGAAAGUCGAAGAAACAAAUGCGUUGCUUGUGAAGGAACGUGAAGCUGCUAAGAAAGCCGCUGAAGAAGCUCCUCCUGUUAUUAAAGAAACACAAGUUUUAGUUGAAGAUACCAAGAAAAUUGAAUCGAUGACGGAGGAAUUGGAGAGUGUAAAGGCUACUCUAGAAAACGAGAAACAAAAAGCUGAUGAUGCAGUGAAGAAAUUUGAAGAAGCUCAAGAGUCUCUUGAAGAAAGAAGGAAAAAAUUGGAAGAGACAGAGAAGAAAGGUCAGCAACUCCAAGAAUCCCUCACAAGGAUGGAGGAAAAAUGCACCAACUUGGAAUCAGAGAACAAAGUCUUACGGCAACAGGCUGUGUCUAUGGCACCGAAUAAAUUUCUCUCUGGCCGCUCAAGGUCCAUCUUACAGAGAGGUUCAGAGAGUGGUCAUCUGGCUGUGGAUGCAAGGUCAAGCUUGGAUCUGCAUAGCCAUUCGAUGAACCAUAGGGAUCCCUCGGAAGUGGAGGAUAAACCACAGAAAUCAUUAAACGAGAAGCAGCAAGAAAAUCAAGAACUGUUUAUCCGCUGCAUCGUUCAACACUUGGGUUUCCAGGGGAACCGACCAAUCACAGCAUGUAUCAUAUACAAAUGCCUACUGCAAUGGAGGUCAUUUGAAGUUGAAAGAACUAGUGUCUUUGAUCGCAUUAUUCAGACAAUAGGCCAUGCUAUUGAGACUCAAGAUAACAACAAUACAUUAGCCUAUUGGCUAUCCAAUGCUUCGACGCUCCUCUUACUCCUCCAGCGCACACUCAAAGCUAGUGGUGCAGCCGGAAUGGCUCCACAGCGUCGCCGUUCAUCUUCUGCCACUCUGUUUGGGAGGAUGACUCAGAGCUUCCGCGGGGCACCUCAAGGUGUAAAUCUUGCCUUGAUAAACGGUGCUGCGGGAGGUGGAGCGGAUACAUUCAGACAAGUCGAAGCGAAAUAUCCGGCUCUACUGUUUAAACAGCAGCUCACAGCUUAUGUUGAAAAGAUAUACGGAAUGAUUCGAGAUAACUUGAAGAAGGAGAUUUCUCCUCUUCUUGGAUUGUGCAUUCAGGCGCCAAGAACAUCGAGGGCGAGUUUAGUGAAAGGAGCAUCUCGUUCUGUAGCCAACACUGCAGCUCAACAAGCGCUAAUCGCUCACUGGCAAGGAAUUGUGAAGAGCCUUACCAAUUUCCUCAAUACUCUGAAAUCAAACAACGUUCCUGCAUUCUUGGUGCGUAAGGUGUUUACGCAGAUUUUCUCAUUCAUCAAUGUCCAACUGUUUAACAGCCUUUUAUUAAGACGCGAGUGUUGUUCAUUUAGCAAUGGCGAGUACGUCAAAGCUGGCUUGUCUGAAUUGGAACACUGGUGUUAUAAAGCAACAGAUGAGUAUGCGGGUUCUUCGUGGGAUGAGCUUAAGCAUAUCAGACAGGCCAUUGGGUUUCUGGUUAUACACCAAAAACCAAAGAAAACUCUCGAUGAGAUCAGUCAUGAUCUUUGCCCGGUACUGAGCAUACAACAACUAUACAGGAUUAGUACUAUGUAUUGGGACGACAAAUACGGCACACACAGUGUCUCUCCAGAUGUUAUAGCAAAUAUGAGGGUGCUAAUGACAGAAGAUUCGAACAAUGCUGUUAGCAACUCUUUCCUUUUGGAUGACGACUCAAGCAUUCCAUUCUCUGUUGAUGAUUUAUCAAAGUCGAUGGAGAGAUUUGAGAUUGCUGAUAUCGAACCGCCACCUUUAAUCAGGGAGAAUUCUGGAUUUAGCUUUCUAUUGCCUGUCUCUGAUUGA